GACGCUUGUCCUGAGUGAUUGGCUCUGAGAUUUUAUGUUUUUUUUCAUUGGCCAGUAUUUAAAAAUUAUAUUACAUUAGUAUAUACUUUGAUUGCACAUUUUAGGAAUAAUUUUGUGUAAUGUUAUUCCUUCUCCUACAUGACUGGAAAGCAGAUGCCAAUUUGGUCUGAAGAAUCCCUUUCAAUUCCAUACUUGGAACCAAUUAUAUCACCCAUAAUACGCCUGCCGUGUCUGGCCGGGCAUCUAUGUCUACCUAUGCUACAACCUAGUCUAUUGGAAGUAAAUAGGUUUUAACAACUUAACAACUGACCAAUAAGAACAGGACCUGGAACCCGAGCGUGUCAAGCACAUGUUUUGUCCCACAAACGCGUGAUGUCGUUUGCGUAUAUUUUAACACGGUCGUUUUGUUGGACCUUAUCAACGAUAUCCAAGGCCGGGGAGGGCUUAGUGGAAAGGUCUAUUCAGCAUUGCUGAUUUACUUACAGUAUAGUAUAUUUUAAGUUUCUAUUGUUAUUAAUACAAUAUGCAACCAGUUCAUGGCCAAAAGCACAAAGCUUUAAAUUUUAAUAAAAGGUUAAUAAUUUCGUUUUAAAGCAAUCGCAUUGUUUUUAUAUUUUUACUUUCACAUCUACUCUUAUAGUCUAACAAUUGGUGUGCAUAAUCAUGAGUGUGCGAGUGAAUGUAUUUUUAUGCUGAGAUAAAUACAGCUUUUACUCUCGGCCAAUUUUAUUAUUAUGGCUUCUGAAUCCACAGCAACACGCGUGUUUCUCUGGGCAGCACCUCGAUGUAUGUCCACUGCGUUCAUGCGUUCGAUAAAUACACUCGAUGAGUCCGUGGUUUUGUUCGAAAACUUUACAGCUGCAUAUUUAUUUGGACCUGAAGGAAAUGAGAAAGCACUGUUUAGUCCUGCUCGUAUGUAUACAUAUGAUUACGUAAAAGCCUUACUUCAACAAGAAAUACCAGACAAGGAGGUCAUUUUUGCAAAGGAUUUUCCUUUUGCACUGAAAGGGAAGUUUGAAAAGAUUCCAGACGGAUAUGUUCACACUUUUUUAAUCCGGGAUCCAACGAAAGUGUUCAUGUCACUACGUGACCAGUAUAACACAUGGUUCAAGAGAUUUUACUAUGGUAAGGAGAUCCAGACUUACCAACCGGUAUCUCACAAGUAUUUUGAGGAACUCUGGAAGCUUUAUGCGCACAUCAAAGAUGAUCUCAAGAAACCUACCCUCAUUAUUGAUGUUGAUGACUUCUUGCAAGAUCCAGAAGGGAUGAUGAAGAUUUAUUGUCAAUCAACUGGUAUAUCAUUUCGAAAAUCGAUGUUGUCAUGGGAACCUUGUGGUAUAUGGAAUGUGGACUGGAAAUGUAGCGCCUUUUUGAAAUAUUGCGGGUGGUGGAAUGGUUGGUAUAGGAACGCUUUGAAUAGCAAUGGAUUUGGAAAUUUCAAUAAUAGACGGAAAAGUACUCUCGAUGUUGCAAUGCUGCCACCAGACAUCCGGAAAGUUGUAGAAAUCAGUGAACCAUAUUAUAAAUUACUGUAUGAUGAGAGAUUAACAAACUGAUAUUUUUUUUUGUCAUCAGAGUUAUAACUUUCGCUUUUAUAAUUUCGCUUUUAUAAUGACAAAGCUGGCUUGAUGUAUAUGUCAACCUGGACUGUUUGUCUAAACCGUUAAUUUGUUCGUAUUAUAGGGAUACUAAUUUUUAAUGUAGUUUUGUUUAACUUUACCUUGUGAUCUUUGUCGAUGUAUUUUAACAAAAUCCAAUAUAGGCCUAUUCUAUGUUUGUAGAUUAGGCUUUUAUCAUUUUUGAAAUUAAAUAUCUUUAUAUUAAUUUAAAGAGCGGCAAUUUUAAAAACAGACUGUUACAUCUUGUCUGAAAUUGUAUCCUGUAUAAAUAUAUUUUAAAUUAAAAGAAAUAAAUAAAUAACGCACGAACAAAAGGUUCGCCACUAGCUGGCUUGUUCUUUUGAGGACCGUCGUAAUUCUUUUUUUAAUGACUUAGAUGUAUAUAAUUCUUGUUUGUUUUCAUAAAAUUUAUCAACUUUCGAUAUUAUCUGGAUUGUACGUGAACACGAACCUACCGAAUCUUUGUUUGUAAUAUAUAUUGCACUCCAAUUCCAAAACAUCGAAUUUGCAAUUAACAAAAACAAGUAAUUAACAAAAUUCAGUAUACAAUAACAUGAGAAAGGAAUGCAGGGGAUAGCUCUACAAGCCCUGUUUAUAGGAUCUUUGGUUGAUAAUGAUAACGGUCAUGACGAUUACACAAAAUAAAGUGUUUGCACAUAA